GCUGUGUGCGCUGUAAAUACGUGGGAUUGUGACUUGCUAGCCGAAACGCGGGGCGCUUGGGCUGAAGACAUCGCUGGGCCCUUCCGCUGAUUCAUUCUUUUAUUUUGCCUUGUCUGCUAGAAAGUAAAGGCCUUUGAUAAUGCGGUGGCGGAGCAUGCUUGCGCUCUGGGCAGUGGCCUUGUGGGCAACUCUCGCACACGCACAGGACGCUCCUUGCUCGGGUCAUGGGCAAACCGUAGAGGGCAAGUGCGCCUGCAGCGCGCCGCUGCCGGCGGACGACGCCUCAGUGGGCUAUGUGGGUGACAGCUGCGCCACCCCCGUCCACCACCUCUACCUGAACGGACAGGACGUUGCGGAGACGUGCGCGCAGGGCCACGUGUGCAAUGUGGUGGCGCCUGGGGACCCGGUGUGCUUCGCGGCGAACAUUGCCGACCUGGCCGCGGGCUCCUACCACCUCAGCCUGCUGCUGGUGUCCAACAGUGUGGACGCGGCCGUCACGCUGCGCGGCCUGCUCACCAACUUCACCGCCGCGACCGACCCCGCCACCAACGUCACCACCGUGACGCCACUGGCCUACCCCAACAGCACAGCGGUGUUCAGCUUCGCGCUGCACACCACACACAGCACGCCCAGCAGCCAGCUGCAGCUGACGCGGCGGCAGCUGGGCUACGGCGCGUACACGGGCCUGUACCUGUGCGCGGAGAGCACCGCCAGCACCACAAUCAUGCUGAGGGGCGCGCAGCACUCGUGUCCGCACACGCUGCUGCCCAACGGCACUCUGGAGCUGUGCAGCGGCCGCGCCAGCGCCGACACCUGCCCGCACGGCGCCUGCACCUGCCCGCCGCCCUACGCGCCGCCGGCCAACUGGGUGCAGACAGCGGGCCUGGGCUUUGACGACUGCAGCUCCACGCUGCAGCAGCUGGCGCCCGGCGGCACGCCCCUGCCCGUGUCCGGCCAGGCGCCCGGCACGUGGGCCUUCUUCGCCGUGGAGGUGCCGGCCACCGGCGCCGCACACCUGCACGUGGCGGCGGCCGCCACAGAGGCCACACAGGGCGGCUCCCUGGCUCUGUACCUGCGCUACCAGCAGCCGCCGGGCGAGGGCGAGACGCAGCACGACCUGGCCAGUGACGUGGCCGUCACCACCACCUCCUCCUCCUGGGCGCGGGAGGCCUCCGUGCACCUGGACCUGAUGCGGAGCGACGCCGCGUUCCGGCCGGGCACGUGGUAUGUGGGUGUGUACAACAAGGGCUCAGGCCCCGUCACGCACGCCGUCAGCGCUGCGCUGUACGCCUGCCCCAACGACUGCGGCGGCCGCGGCACCUGCGCCGCCGAAACCGGCGUUUGCACCUGCGCCGACGCCACGGCGCUGGCACCCGACUGCGUGGCGUCGCGUUACGAGCUGAAGCUAGGUGAGCCGCUGACUGUGGCGCCGCGGCCGCACCUGCUGCUGGACAAGUUGGUGCUCAGCGGCGUGAAGGCGCUGCUGGCGUCCGCCGCCACGCAGCGCCUCACCGUCACCGCCUCCUUCAACGCCUCAGAGGCGCCCAGCCUGCCGCCCUGGGUCACCAGCAGGCCGGUGGUGGUUGUGUCGCCCAAGGUGGACGAGGUGGCGCCGGGCGCCGGCGGCUCGGUGGUGUGGCCUGAUGCGCCCGUGGCCCGCAUGGCGCUGUCGCAGCCGGGCAGCCAGCACACCAUGAGCGUGGGGCCCUGGAUGGUGGGCGAGGACGACGCGCUGCACUUGGCGCUGUGGAACCCGCUGAGCGGCGACACGCCCGCCGGCCAAUCCGUGGGCUACGUGCUGCUGGUGUCCACAGCCGGCAGCUGCCUGCGCGACUGCUCGGGACACGGCACCUGCGACACAGCCACCGGCACCUGCACUUGCACGGCGCCCUUCGCUGGCGGUGACUGCUCUGUGGACACCUCCGCCUCGGGCAAGGUGUGCGCCGCUGGCGCGGUGCAGCCGAUGCGGCGCGAGGACCUGCGCGGCACCUGCUGGCAGCCCUGCAAGGCCGACGGCAGCGGCUUUGAGACGGAGGGCUGUGGCGAGCUCACCUGUGACGGCAAGACGGCGGACCACGGCAACCUUCGACGCAAGGGCACCGAAAUGCUGUGUGUGGAGGACCAGUGCCAGCAGGGCGCAAACACCACUGUGGUGGACGCGGCGGGCCGCUCCGCCUGCCAGCAGGCCUGCACCUGCCCCGACGACGGCAGCGCCUGUGUGCUGACUGGCUCCUGCCUGCCCGGCACGCUGGUGUGCCUCAACGGACUGCAGCUGUCCAAAGACGGCUCCACGUGCGAGUCGCCACCAGUGUGUGCGGAGGGCAGCCUCAAGAAAGCCUACGACCUGCAGGGCGGCAGCGCCGGCAGCGCCUUCGCGGUGUGCGCCUGCGCCACCGCCGCCGACCCGGCGUCCUGCGCCUACACCAGCCCCAGCGAAGCGGGCGGCAACGCCGGCGGCGUGGUGUCGUGUCUUCCGGGCUUUGAGCUCCAGGGCGCUACGACGCCCACGCACCUGUCGGACGGGAGCGCGGUGGCGACCGGCGGCGUCUGCGUGGCGGCUCAGCACGGCGGCGGCCGGCGGCGUGGCGUGUCGGGUGGCAUGGUCUUCUUCUACUGCCUGCUCAGCAUCGCGCUGGCGGCUGGUCUGGUGGUGGGCGGGAAGUAUGGUCUGAUCUGGUGGGAACAGUACAAGUACGGGCGUUCGGUGUUCAGUCAGGGCUAUGUAUCGUGGCCGCUGUUCGGAAACCGUAAUAACGCUGGCGGCGGCGCUGAUGAUUGGUGAGGAUGAGGACGGGCCAAUAUCGGUGCACGGCUGCAUCGGUUACAGGCGGUGCGACGGCUUUUAGACGUGGGAGUUUCAAGUGGAUGCAAAGCAUGUGAUGUUGGGGGCAUUGGCAUUACUGCAUUGGUCGCGUGACCUGCAUGCGUGUGCAAGUGUGUGGGUGGAAUGCGCGCGGGAGUGUGUUUGGCUGCGUAGGGAUGGGCUCUUGCUGCUGCCGACGUGCCGCAUCUGGAUUGUGGCGCGGCAAGUGAGAUACCGCUGCUGAACGCUCCGUUGGGAACCUGCCGUCACCAGCGAUUGUGUAACACGGCGCUGCC